AACCAGUCCCAACGCAACAAUUUCGUUCUUUAAUUCGUCACAGGAGGCCGGCGAGGUAUGGGAAUUCCUGUUAUCUUCCUCUUCCUCUACUACGUGGCCUGUCUCGCCGCCGCUUCUCCUAACAUCCCCGCCGUCAUCGUCUUCGGCGACUCCACCGUCGACACCGGGAACAACAACCAAGUCGGCACGAUCCUGAGGAGCAACUUCCGGCCUUACGGCCGCGACUUCUUUGGCGGCCGCCCCACCGGCCGCUUCUGCAACGGGCGCCUUGCUCCCGACUUCAUCUCCCAGGCGCUCGGCUUGCCGCCCCUCGUCCCAGCCUACCUCGAUCCCGAGUACUCCAUUGAGGACUUCGCCAAGGGCGUCUGCUUUGCCUCCGCCGGCACCGGCCUCGACAACGCCACCUCCGACGUCCUCUCUGUGAUUCCGCUAUGGAAGGAGGUGGAAUACUUCAAGGAGUAUCGGCGGCGGCUCCAGCGGUACGCCGGCAAGGCGGAGGCAAUGCGCAUCGUCGGUGAGGCGGUGUACAUAAUCAGCAUCGGCACCAAUGACUUCCUGGAGAACUACUACCUGCUGGUCACCGGCCGGUUCCUGCAGUUCACGGUGGAGGAGUACCAGGACUUCCUGAUUGACCGGGCGGAGGAGUUCCUCAGGGCCAUCUACUGGCUGGGGGCGCGCAAGAUCUCAUUCACCGGCCUCGGCGCCAUCGGCUGCGUGCCGCUGGAGCGGACCACCAACGCCCUCGCCGGUGGCGGCUGCGUCGAGCAGUACAACAAGGCGGCCAGGGGCUUCAACGUCAAGCUGCAGGAGCUUAUCGGGCGGCUGUGCGCCACCCUGCCAGGGCUCCGGCUGAGGUACGCGCCGGUCUACGACGGUUUGCUCCACAUCAUCGCCAAUCCCUCCUCCUACGGGAUUGAGAACGUAGACAGGGGGUGUUGUGCGACGGGCCGCUUUGAGAUGGGUUACUUGUGCGACGAGUUGAGUCCAUUUACCUGCCCGGAUGCGAGCAAAUAUGUAUUUUGGGAUUCGUUCCACCCGACCGAGAAGGUUAACUGGCUCAUGGCGAAGACAACAUUGGAGACUAGUUUGGCUGAGUUCAUUUGAGGGAUGCAUGAUUUCUACUACAAUUGGAUUCAUUUUAUAUUCAUCUAUCUUAAUUUGGAUCAUUUGACAGGGAAAGGUUUAAUUAUCACUGAUCAUAUCAAAUGUAUACGUGUAUCAUUCAAAAGAGAGAUUACAUAAAUCAGAGUAGAAUACUUUCAUAAAUAUCUGCACAAUCUUUAUGUUAUUUGCUCAAA